AUGCCUGCCAAACGCAACACCCAUGCAAGAAAUAACAAUGCGACCUCUAACCCUGACCUGUGUCGUUGUCCUCUGGCUCCUAGGCGUAAUAAUUCUCCAACAACUGGUCCCCAGAGGGAGGCAACUCUCUAUCCUUCCCACCUCCAAACCCUAGAAGAGCGCUUCACAGCUGGAGUAAUAGAGAUGCCAGUUCCUAGGUGCCCCAUCUUGAGCUUCCCCUCUCAACAGGAGUCUGAUGACUCUUCCCUAGAGUUCCUUGAUGAAGGCGGUUUCCAUUAUCCAUUUCCCCCUUUUCUGCCAAACAUCACUUGCCAGCCCUUCCUCAUCCCAGGACCCUCUGACUCAUCCAACAGUGACGCCAUGGUCUUACACCAAUUCCCUGGACCCCUGGAAGUCCCUCAGGAAUCGGAAGCUACCACUGGAUCUUACCAUGUUGCUCCUGCACAGGUUUUUCCAUCCUCAUCGCCUAUGAAUAUCUCGUCCUCGCCCAAUCCUGACAGCCCCCUUGCCACGUCCACUGACUCACCCAGCAUGCCGCCUCUUGCUUUGGAUGUCUCCGACAAUGGUAGUCUCGACCAUGCUCCCAAUCUACGGCUACUAGCCAACACCAGUGAGUACAUUACAGUGACAGAAGGAUGUAGCAGUGAUCCCCAAGAGUUUGUAGUCUACAGCGACAACAUUAUCCAGCGGCCCUCCAAUGACAUCACCCGACAAUGGCGAUCCCUUCCAUUUGACACCUCUACUCCUGUUCAAGAUGUCGAUCCCUUGGAACACAUACUACCCUACUUCCCUGGAGCCUACGCUACCACCAUUACUAGGCCUCCUAUGGGUGUUCCCAUCGAUGGAAACCCUGCCUUUGGACUACGACGGGUAUCGACAACUGCAGCCGAUGUUCUCUGA